AUGGCGGUUCCGGUCGUCGAGACCAACAAUAUAAUCAGCAAUCCAGAGGGUGGUUGUCCGCUGCAGGUCGGAGAAGGCACCUAUCACCUUCAGGAUGACCUGCAUCUCGCGACACCCCCUCCGCAUCCCUCCGAAGCUCCGAUCGUAAACCCUAACCCCCUCGCAACGGUUCCCACCCCUCCCACAACGGGCGUCAAAUUGUCGCUGGUUAGUCUUGGUACCCGAAAUAAGACCCCCGUGUUCUCCUUGAAAGACGGCGUAACGGUACCCACGUUCGGAAACGACAAUCCCGCUCUGGUGGCACCGGUCACGAAGGAAGGCGUCAAGAGGCGCAAACCGAAGAACAACAUCAUUAAGAGUAGCUCCUCAUUUGUCUCGCGAGUCAUUACGCACGAGGCCUCCACGAAACGACUUAACGACCGAAACCCCGACGGGUUGUUUGCCUUUGCCAAUAUCAAUCGUGCGUUCCAGUGGUUGGAUUUGAGUUCGAAACAGAAGGAUGAGCCGCUCGCGAAGAUCCUGUUUACCAAGGCGCACAUGCUGAGCCAUGAUGUGAACGAGUUGACGAAGAGCGCAUCCCACAUCGACGUUGUCAUGGGUUCGUCGGCCGGCGACAUCAUCUGGUACGAACCCAUCUCGCAGAAAUACGCCCGAAUCAAUAAGAACGGGGUGGUGAGCAACUCGCCAGUGACGCACAUCAAAUGGAUUCCGGGGUCCGAGAACCUGUUUAUGGCGGCGCAUGCGAACGGACAAAUAGUGGUCUAUGAUAAGGAAAAAGAGGAUGCUCUGUUCACGCCCGAGCUGAGUAGCCCCUCGGUCGAGGCAAUCAAAUCCUGUGGUCGACAGCCGCUGCAGAUCUUAAAGUCGGUCAAUUCAAGGAACCAGAAAACCAACCCGGUUGCUUUGUGGAAAAUCGCCAACCACAAGGUCUGCCAGUUCGCCUUUUCUCCCGACCAACGGCACCUCGCCAUCGUGCUGGAGGACGGGUCUCUGCGGGUGAUGGAUUAUUUGAAGGAGGAGGCUUUGGAUAUCUUCCGCAGCUAUUACGGUGGGCUGAUUUCCGUGUGCUGGUCACCUGAUGGCAAAUACAUCGUGACGGGCGGACAGGAUGAUCUAGUUACGAUAUGGUCUUUCCCCGAACGCAAGAUCGUCGCUCGGUGCCAAGGUCACAAUUCCUGGGUCUCGGCUGUAGCAUUCGAUCCUUGGCGCUGUGACGAAAGGACGUACAGAUUUGGGAGUGUCGGGGACGAUUGCAGACUGCUGUUAUGGGAUUUUAGUGUGGGCAUGCUGCAUCGGCCAAGAGCGCUCCAAGCCAGCGCUCGCCAUCGGACCAGUCUUCUUCCUUCCAACACGCAGCACGCCAACCGUCACAGAGCCGACAGCGCAGGAAAUCGCGUACGAUCCGACUCGCAACGCACUGCGGGCAUUGACAGCACCUACGACCAAACCGUCCGCCAUCCAGUCGAGCCGAGGGCACGGACUGCUCUUCUGCCUCCUAUCAUGUCCAAGAUCGUCGGAGAUGACCCUAUUUCCUGGUUAGGAUUCCAAGAAGACUCCAUCAUGACUUCUUCCCUAGAAGGACACAUUCGUACCUGGGACCGGCCCCGAGAAGGCAUCAAUGACAACUACAAUGGUUACACCUCUUCGCCUGCCGUCAGUGCCAGCGCCGCCGCCUCCGGCUCCGGCUCCGGCUUCGCUGACUCGGCGAUGGGUUCGCUUUAA